AUGAGCGCUGCUGCAACGGCAAGGCAGACCUCGUGGAUGGUUGCGACGGCGAUCGCCGCCGCUGAGGCUCGCUGGAAUUAUCCUGUCCGUCUUUUCAACAAAGAUGUCAAGCCUCGUCUCCGUGCCAUCGCUGUCACCUCUCGUUCACCUUCCGCCGCAUCAGCCUCCUCUUCUUCUUCUUCAUCGGCUGAUUUCGUCAGAGACAGUCCUCUGCCAAAAUCAGAAGCUUCUAUGGAGCGAGUUAUGGGUCUUAGCUGCUUUGGUCCCACCACCAUUAAAUUCUAG